AGCGCUUCCCGUCCUUCGGUCCCGGUCAGUUCGGUCGCUGGCACUUGGGGUGUGCCGGGACUGCUGUGGCCUCUGAACACUUCAUCUCAGACCGUCGCGACCGCCCCGUGAGGCCAGCUUUGCUUACUUAAACGGAGGAAACUUGGAGGCACAGGGAGAUUAAGUAAUUUUAUGGCCACACAGCCAAUUAAAAGGAAACGGUGUGUACUAUUUGCAGAGGGAUUUCACGUGCAGUUCCUCCUUUUUGCGUCUAUUUUCAUGGGAUGACGACUCUUGUUCUUCACCUAAGUUGGAGAAACACUGCACUUUAAUCUCCUGCCUGUGCCAUCAGGCCAACUGAAGACAGGGUUUUGAAAUCUCAGCUAUCAAGUUUUCCAGCCAAAGUCUCAAUCUUGCCUUAACAAUGUUUCAGAGACUGAACAAAAUGUUUGUAGGUGAAGUUGCUACUUCCAACCAAGAACCAGAAUUUAGUGAGAAAGAAGAUGAUGAAUGGAUUCUUGUUGACUUCAUAGACACUUGCACUGGUUUCUCAGCCGAGGAAGAGGAGGAAGAUGAUGACGUCAGUGAAGAUUCCCCAGCAGAGCACACAUCAGUCUUCUCCUGUUUACCUGCAUCUCUGGAGUGUUUGGCUGAUACCAGUGACUCCUGCUUCCUCCAGUUUGAGUCCUGCCCAAUGGAGGAGAGCUGGUUCAUCACCCCUCCCCCAUGUUUUACAGCAGGUGGAUUAGCCACUAUCAAGGUGGAAACAAGUCCUAUGGAAAACCUUCUCAUUGAACAUCCCAGCAUGUCUGUGUACGCUGUUCACAACCCCUGCCCUGGUCUCAGUGAGGCCAGCUGUGGGAAUGAGGACUACAACUUGAGCAGCCCCAGAAUGGAAGCCCAAAGUGAAAUGGGGGAGCACAUUCAUUGCUGUGUUGCAGCUCUUGCUGCUCAGGCAGCAUUUCUGGAACAACCUAGGAGCUUCCGCCCUUCCCAAUGGAUAAAAGGACAGAGUGAAAGACAGUCUCUGAACAGAAAUGGCCUUCGUCGCCAGAACCUUACCAGGGAUUGCCAUACUCGACAGAUGAAGCACAGUGGCUGGGUGGUUCACCAGCCCUGCCCACGCCAAUACAAUUACUGAGAAUGUUGGUUUCCGUGGAUUUGUGCCCAUGUAUGUGGAUGUGUGUGUGCAUACAAUGAAAAUGCUGUCUCCUUCCAGCCAACUGAAGACCAACUGCCUAGUGUGUCAGUGUGUCUAGACACUAUCACAACCAUAUUUUGUGCUUUGUAUCACAUAAUGCCUUGCUCCUGACAAUUACUUUUAAAUAACCUUUUCAGAAUAUUUUUGGAAACAUAUCAAUACAGUUACAGUGUUUGGGGAGGUCUUUAAAUAUAGUAAGGUAUAUAUGAGUAAUAUCUUACAAAUUUCAUCUAUCAAUUUUGUAUUAUUUAAUCUUUUGUGUAAGCAAAAAUUUAUUCUCAGGGUCAGCCAUAUACUUUAUUGACCAGUACUUGAUAAGUCUUUUCUGUAUAUAAUGAGUACAUUUUUAUACACUAACAUGAGCAUUAACAAGUGA